AUGUUCCUGACACCUAUAGCAGCACACAUGCGCUCUAGUAUCGUGUAUCCAGAUUUUGGGGUAAAUAACUUUCAGAUCAGGCUAGAUUGGAUUAACUUGAUGAGCAACACCCUGGAAUUCUACAGGCUACCUCAAGAGAAUCCAAACACGCAUAUCUCUAAAUUUCUCAGAAACUGUCAGAACUUUCAUGCUCCGAGGGUCAAUGAAGAUGCUAUUAAACUACGACUAUUCCCAUUUACAUUGAGAGAUGCUGCAUUGGAGUGGUUAGAUGCUGAGGUUCACGCUAGCAUUACUACAUGGGAAGAACUAACCAGGAAGUUCUGUAAUCAAGUGCAGUACUUCUACACUAGACUUACACCACUGUCAAAAUCUCAAGUCGAUGCCUCAGCUAGAGGAUCAAUUCUAGGAAAAUCUGUGCAGCAAACCAUGGACCUAUUUGAGUUGAUUGCCACUACACAUUCAAUGUUCUCAUCGGAAAGAGUGGCGCCACCGAAGACAGGAAGAAUGUAUAAGUUAGACAGCACAGCCUCUACCAAUGCCCAAAUAGUAGCAUUGACAAAACAAGUGGAUUUAUUGGUGAAAUCACAAACGAAAGGAGCACAUGCAGUGACAGCUGGACCAUCAUGCGAGAACUGCGGGGCUAAUCAUUUGACAAAAAACUACACAUCUAUAGGCUAUCCCGACAAACAGGUCAAUUUCAUUCAGAAUGGGUCUCGAAAUUUUAAUCCAUUUGCUCAAAUGUACAACCCAGGAUGGAGACAACACCCAAACUUCAGAUGGUCCAAUAAUCAACAAGGGAACAGUUCAAAUAAUGCCCAACAGGAGAAAAAACCAAGUUUGGGGGAGAUGUUCAACCAGUACAUGCAGAAAACUGACAAGGUGUUUCAGCAAAUUAACACUAACUUUCAGAAUCAGCAAGCAUCAAUCAAGAAGUUGGAAAAACAAAUUGGUCAGAUAGCUCAAGAGCUUGCAAAACGUCCACAAGGGACAUUGCCAGGCAACACAAUGGUCAAUCCAAAAGAGCAAGUGCAAGCUAUUACUACCAGGAGUGGGGUGCAACUUCCAGAAAUACAUGUGAAGAGACCAGAGCGAAAAGAAAAGGAAAUAAUGGGUGAAGAGGCUGGGAAAGAAGUAGAGUUUGAACAACCAACUGACAAAGAGAACGAAAGGAAAGAAACACCUAUAGUGAGAGCACCCAGCCCCGUGAAGGCUUAUGUGCCACCAAUUCCCUUCCCUCAAAGGUUACAAAGAAAGAAGUUGGAUAAUCAGUUUGCCAAGUUUGUGGAGAUUUUCAAGAAACUGCACAUCAAUAUUCCUUUUGCAGACGCAAUUGCCCAAAUGCCCAGCUAUGCAAAAUUCUUGACAGAGAUCCUAUCUAACAAAAGGAAGCUGGAAGAACAUGAGACAGUAUGCUUGAACGAGGAGUGCAGUGCAAUACUAUUGAAAAAGCUACCUCCUAAACUAAAAGACUCAGGGAAUUUCACUAUACCUUGCACAAUUGUGGACAAUGAGCAAGUCAUAUUCGACGUGUUCAAGGCAAUGAAACACCCAUUGACUUCCAACACUUGCUACCAAGUUGAUGUUCUUGAAGAGCUUGUGAUGAAUACAUUUGAUAUAGAGCAUCACACAAAUCUUUGUGAGGCAGAAUUUGUGCAAUUGAAAGCAACAAAUGCAGAAAAAUCUGAAUGUGUUGUCAACUUAGCCGAGCAACCCAUAGGAAGAAAGCAUUGGUAG